CUGUGUGUCGGCGGCGCCGGGGUUCGCGGGAGCUGCUUGAAGGCUCGGCCGCCGGGAGGAGGCCGCGGCCACGGUGCCCCAGGAAGUCAUAGGAUUCCACUCCCCUCCCACUGGAGAUAAAGUGACAGCUUCUUGGAAGCUACGGAGUGACUUCCUUAAAGAAUCAUGAAUUCACACCAUGUUGUGCUAACUCUAGCCUCCCUGAUGUUCCUGAUGUGCCUCCCUGUGUCACAGAGCUGUAACAAAGCACUCUGUGCCAGCGAUGUGAGCAAGUGCCUCAUUCAGGAGCUGUGCCAGUGCCGGCCUGGGGAAGGAAACUGCCCCUGCUGUAAGGAGUGCAUGCUGUGCCUCGGGGCCCUGUGGGAUGAGUGUUGCGAUUGUGUCGGUAUGUGCAACCCUCGGAAUUACAGCGACACACCUCCCACUUCAAAGAGCACAGUGGAGGAGCUGCAUGAGCCCAUCCCCUCCCUGUUCAGGGCCCUGACAGAGGGCGACACCCAGCUGAACUGGAACAUCGUGUCCUUUCCGGUGGCAGAGGAGCUGACACACCACGAAAAUCUCGUCUCCUUUCUAGAAACCGUGAACCAGCCACAUCACCAAAAUGUGUCUGUUCCCAGCAACAAUGUUCACGCCCCUUUUCCCAGCGACAAAGAGCACAUGUGCACUGUGGUGUACUUUGAUGACUGCAUGUCCAUACACCAGUGUAAGAUCUCCUGUGAGUCCAUGGGAGCGUCCAAAUACCGCUGGUUUCACAACGCCUGCUGCGAGUGCGUCGGCCCGGAGUGCAUCGACUAUGGCAGCAAGACUGUCAAGUGCAUGAACUGCAUGUUUUAAAGAGGAAAAGAAAUGCACAUAAGCAGGUCAGUUACCAGGAGGACUGCAGACUACUCAGUAAGCCAUGGAGUGCAGAACUCUUGAGACUAGCAUGCUAGGAGUGUGUUAGACUGUAUCAUUGUGACUGUGCUUUGUAUGUUUAAUGCCUUAGCAUUUGUCUGCCAUUGGAUUCAGUAGAACUUUAGUCACGUGAGAAUCGCGUUCAGAGGAGUCCUGAAAAGAUGUGACGACGUCUGACAGGAGGGGCUGCCUUCUUCCAGCUUCCCAAAGGCUUUUGGUUUUGAGCGUGAUAGCCCAAGCCUGAUGCAUGCAUGUGGCUCUCACCUGCCAGUUCUAGGAUGACAGGUAGUCGCACCUGUCUCGAUUGUGCCUUGACUGGCUCAUCGGGUUUACAUGAGUAAACAUUGCCAUCUAUAACUCUAACAGCUCACAUUCAAACUGUUUUACACUGGCUUCAGAAAGUAAACGUUUACUGUAUUUCACCACAGAAGGGUUUACCUAGGGCCAGCAAGCUGGCUCAGGGGAUGAACGUGCUUGCUACCAAGCCUGACCACUGAGUCUGAUCCCCAGAGCCCACAUUGUGGAAGGAAAGAACCAGCUCCUGUAAGUUGUCCUCUGACCUCCAUGCAUGUACAGUGCAUGCAUACAGGUAUGCAUGUGCGUGCACACAUAAAUAACUACAUGGUUAAAAAAUGUAAACCUCUUACAAGGUGAAAUCUAAAUCCACCGUGUAGUGCUCACGCCGACAGUGACUUUGACAGUGUCCGCCGAAGUGCUGAUGCAGUGGUGUACAGAGUCACCACCAUUCAUCAGAGUGGCAGACUUGCCUCUGCCGAGAACUGCAUGGCACGGCUUUGAAACGGCAUCAAAUGCACUGUGAGGACCUGGAUGGAGAAGUAGCCAGGGAAGAGCAGCGGGGCUGCAGAUGAAGCCACAUGAGGAGGCUCCAUGUAGAGCCCCAGGUAGCAGCCGUCUGUCCCUCUUCAGGUGCACAGCAUGGCUGAAUGUGAGGCUGGCAGGAGAGCGUCUGGCUCAGCAGCACAAACCAGCCAGGGUCUCCAGCAUGCGUGAGAAGGGAGAGGCUUGAAGAAAGAUUUGCAGACAUGGUCAGAGAAGGGCAAAAAUGUUGGGAACUCCUAGUAGGGUCCACCUUAAAGCUAUGAAUAGUCACUGGUUUUGUCACUUUGUAGCACUGCAUUUGUUUCUGGAUAUCUGAAUCUAAAUAAGCAUCAUAUUUCAAGGAGCUAUAUUUCUGAAAUUACAGGGGAAGCUGUGUAGUAUGUUGACUCCUAGCCUACUACAGAAUUAUCCAGUAUUUUCUUCUGUAGUGUUUCCAGGGAGACAGACUUCAAUACUGCAACCCUUCAUAGUAAUAAUAUCCUUACCUUUAAGCAUGAAUCAAAGCAAAUAUUUAAAUACACAGACUCAAUUUUAUAGACUUGCUAUUUUCUCUAGUGCAUAUCUGAAUUAAAAGUAACUUUUUAGGAAUAAUCUUUAUAUGACUACAUAUUUUAGUACAUAAAAUAGAAAAUGUUCUCAAACACAUUCUGUAUUCUCAUUUGACUAGCUACAAGACCGUAUUAUAAUGGCUGUCCAUGAUAAUAUCCGAUAGAUAGCAGGUGGGUGCGCAAGGUCUUCCAGCCUUGUACGACGCUGACUUAGGCCGUGGGUGGGUGUGAUUAUUAAACACCAGGGUCCUCCCACCUUUACCCUCAGGGCCUUGCAGACUCUUCAGCUCCUUCCUUCUUAGCUCCCAAGGGCUGUGGUCUUCUUGAAAUCAGGAGGAGUUCUGAAGGACCACAGCCGCUGUUCUCAAGAAAGUUUGUACAUGACGGAAGGAUGUUCUGAUGGUUUCCCGCAGUGUGUCUCGUGGUUGUUGUUGUUGUUGCUAUUGUGGUUCUUUUUUGUUGUGAGACAGGAUCUCUGUGCAGCCUGGCCGACCUGGAAUGUGUCGUGUAGACCAAGCUGGCUGUCCUCGUGUUUUCUCUGCGAUGGCCAUAAACAUUGUUCAAAUACGUCACCAUCUUUUUAAAACUUUCAUUAUUAAAGUUUAAAAUAUAGUGUGUCUUUUUUUACUGUAUACAUUUUCUGUCAACAAUUUUUAAACCAUUUGCUUUAACUUUUUUGUUGCCCUGUUCUUCCCAUUAGAAAUGAUCCCCACUGAGAUAAAUUUUAUAUUCAUAUUUUGUGUAUUUCUCCUGAUUUGCCAAGGCCUUGAAGAAAUAGCAGCCAUUACCUGAGAGGUUUUAUUUUCAGAGCCAAGGGUUGUGUGCAUACUUGUGCUCCCACCACAGAGAGGCUGAACAAGACAAUGUCCAAUCAGAGGAUCCAGCCUGGCCCCGAGUCCAUUGUGAGACAUAGCCUCAGACAGCUCAAGUCCUGUAUUCAAUGUUUUGAGUAGUGGCUUUUUCCUAAAUUGAAAUUAAAGAUUUCAGAAGCUAGCAGUAGCACUAAGUUUGGACUUUCCACAGCAUUCUAGCAAUUACACUCCUUACUGAAGAGUUUAUAAUAGUUAUGUUUCUUUCUCAAUAAAAAAUGAUCUUGUUUGUCUUAUAGCCAGAUCCAAAAAAACACUAGACUUUAAGGUCUAGAGGUGGGACUGUCACCUGUCCUGGUGCAGCCCCUGUUCCGCCCUGAGCACCAAUGAGAGACAAGCACUGGCUUGUGGACCAGAAAUUGUUAUUAAACUUACACGUAUUUGCUUCCUAUAGCAAGACAUGGGCUUAUGGGCAAGUUUUUCUCAUAACAUUUAUGAGAAAACAUUUUUUCCCCAUAACAUUUAAUUAGGGCUGAACUUACUCAUAAUUAAGGUGCGAAGGUGAAAAGAAUUGGAGUGAAAUGUACUGUUUGUUUGCACAGGAUGCUGUGAAUGGGUCCACACACCAAAGUAUAACUUGUAAUGUUUCAGAAAAUAGCGCUGUUAUUAGCAUAUUUGAACAAAUAUUUACAAUUUUAAAAAAGCACCAAAAUAGAAAAAAAGAAAGUAAAAAUCUGGAGAAUGAGAGCUGAGAAUGGGCUGCGGUUUAAAGGGCUGUACUUAGAAAGCAUCUUUUAAAGACUCUAAAGGCUUUGUUCAUUCCCAAGAGUCUAUGUUGAUUCAUUUAACGUGACCGACGACUUAUAUCUAUAGUUGUGAAUAUUUUCAUUGGUUGUCUCUGUAAUCAAAAAAAGGUAUUUUAAUAAAAAAUAGAAAUGAC